AGAACACCCAGCAAAGCAAACCUAAUCCAAAGACCCGUUAAUUAGUUGGUGUUGGGGUGAGACUAAGUGGGGCCCAUAAUUAAAAGAGUAAAAAACACGUGUCACUCUUCAUCAUCAUCUUCUUCUUCCUAACUAACAGAAAGAAAAAAAUCAGCGUUUCCUUCUAUUAUCAAAUCAAACAAAACCAUGGCGAAUUGGAUCUCUUCCAAACUUAAAGCCGCCGAGAACAUUCUCCAUCAGAUCGAUCAACAAGCGGCAGAUUCGCUUCGUAAGAACAACGAGAGGCUUCAAUUAGAGGAACAAUCCAGUAGUAUUGAUGCUCCUCCCAAACCAGGUGUCCCUCUCAAGGAUCAAUUCAAGAAGAAGAAGAAGAAUAACAAUAAUGGAAAACUGCACAGUGAUCCCCUUAAAACUAAAACUACUACUGCACUACCCAAAUCAUCUAACCCUCCUCCUACCAUUUCAGAUGGUGAUUGGACUCAACUUCUUAGUUCACCUUCUGCUUCUAACUCUUUGCCUGCACCUCGUAUUUUAAGGCAAAAUAGUAAGAAACUCAAUAGUUUAUCCGUUUCUGAUAUCAAGAGGAAUCACAAAACUUCUUCAACAUCUUUGCAGAGGUUAGACUCUCUUAAAGGAGAUAAUUUUAUUGCCAAAUCUAGUGAUGAUGGCAAGGAAUCUACCUCUUCCGCUUCCACUGAUAGGCAGUCAAAUUUAGAAGAAUCUGAAACUGACGCUAAAUCUACCAGAGGACAUUUAUCUGUUAGUAAUAACACUUCUGAUAAGCCUUUGGCUGAGACCAAGGAAGAUCAUGUGCACCCAUUAAAUAACAUAGAUUUUUCUUCACCACCAUUACUUCUGGAAGAGGACAUAAAUUUCGUUGCAGAGGCAAUACCAGUAACGGGGGUUGAUAAAGUCCGUGAAGCCAAGUUCCCUGUAGAUGUUGGCUGUCAACUGAAAACUGUUAUAAAAGGGAGGCGUGAGCUUAAUUCAAUGUCUGGCAAUUCAACAUCUAAUGAUUUGAAAACUGUUUCUUCUAUGCCAAUUGAUGGAAGUUCUGAUUCAGAUACAGACUCCGGUUCAACAUCUGAUUCUGAAAGUGAACAUGAGAGGGUAGAAAGGAGAAAGAAGAGAGAAAGGAUCCUAGCUGAGAGAGCAGCGGCAAAAGCAAUCAAUGUUAUCAAGGAAAAGGAGAAUAUGGUGGCCAAAUUAGAGGGAGAGAAAGAAAGUCUAGAGAAAAUACUUGAGGAGCGAGCUAAACAACAAGCACAAGAGGCUUCGCAGCUUCAGAGCACUAUGAUGGAAACAAUGGAAGCUGUUGAGUUGGAAAAGCAAAAACAUAAUAAUACCAGAAUGGAAAUUCUUACACGUUUAGCUAAACUGGAGACUGCUAAUGCUGAUCUUGCAAGAUCCCUCACAGCUGUACAGUGGAACCUUGAAGUAGAGGUCAAACAAGUUGCAGAACUCAGACAAAAAAUGGCAUCAAAAGAGUCUGUUCAUGAAGAGCUCAGAAGGAGCUUGAGGAAUCCUAAUCAAACUGGAGCUUCACGAAAUCAACUAGCUUCAAAAGGAGUUGAGUUUGAACGAGAAAUUCUUGAGGCAGAACACUCAUUUAUUAAUGAUAAAGUUGCACAAUUACAGGAAAAGGCAAGGAAACUGGAAGCUGAUAUUGAAAUGACAAGGAAGGAGAUAGAAGAGCCAACGGAAGUUGAAGUUGAGCUCAAGCGUAGGCUCCAUCAGAUGACUGAUCAUUUAAUACAGAAACAAGCUAAGGUUGAAUCACUCUCAUCUGAGAAGGCAAGCCUUAUAUUUCGAAUUGAGCAGGCAGUGUCGAGGUUGCUGGACGAGAACAUGUCAGUCUCAGGUUCAACUGCUAUGAAUCCUGCCUCAUCAUCAAGUGACUUAGAAUCUGGAUUGUGGGAGCUCUCUAAUUCAAAAUUUAAGCCUAUGCUAAAAGCCAGAAUUCACUCUGGCAAGAAACAGCUGGGGUCAUUGCUUCAACAAAUAGAUUAUAUUUUUGUGGCUGGUGCAGUUUUUCUGAAAAGGAACUCAACGGCAAAAUUGUGGGCUUUGAUUUACCUUGUUUGCCUUCAUUUGUGGGUGAUUUAUAUUCUGAUGUCACAUUCUAGCCCAUCGGAUGAGGGUAGAUCUGGUGCCGUGAUCUCAUUGGAGAACAUAAAUAACACUGGAGUAUGAUUGUGUUGUGGUGUGUUAUGGCUUAUCAUUUUCCUUGGCUUUUAAGUUGCCUUUAGUGCAUUGGAUAUUAUUUCUUACUCCGGUGUACAUCAAGCACGCAUAGUGGACAUGUAGAGAUGUUGCAAAGAACUUAACCAUAACCAGAAAUAUAUAAUAAUGAUGAAGGAAAAUACAGGAUUUUGUCCCUUCUUAUCUCAAUGAAUUCAAUCUGACUUUGUGGAACUUAACUCGAGAACAGGUACUCCAUCAUAGAGGAAUGUCCUGCUAUAUUUUCAUUGAAGGUGUGAUGUGAGUUUGAAAUGAUGAUAAGGGAUUCAUGGGUAUGUACAGCGUAGCAAGUUAGCAACAGAUGCAACCACAGAAUGAGCCUCUAGUCAGUAGCUUGGAGGGACAGGACAGAGUUGAGUGCACUGUUUUGACCUUGGCAUUAAUUAAUAAUAAUCAAAGAUACUGCGUGCAAUUUCGUGAUUGUUUUCUUUUGAAUAUGUGAAGAAAAAAUAAUUCAUUUUUGGUAUAUAUACAAUUAAUAAUUAAUAAUCAUUCAUAUCUGAUUUUCUA